CCAGACAGCCACCAGAGCGAGCUCCUUUCCUCAAUUUCGCUGCUAGAUAAAUUUCCUUGCCUCCUGCUCUGCACCCAGCAUCGUCCAGUCCAACAUCAUACUUUUCCUCUCAAAGCCUCCUGGCCUACCUGAACUUCGCCACGAUCUUCUAUCAUCCUAUCACUCUAUUUCCAACAACUCCUUGACUACUCAUAUAUCUCUGCUUCUUGCUCAAUAUGGGACCGACAAAGCCAGUUUUACGUCCAUUGGCUACUCCGAAAAACAUGAGCUUUCCUUCCGAGCUUCGUGAGCGUACCUUCACGACAUGCCUUGACAUGGACCGGCCAUGUACUGAGAAGAGAGACGAGGACCCUGAAAUCACCAUCACUCCUCCUCCAGCAUACACAGACUUUCUCAACACGUUCAGUCCAAUCUUUGCCAGUCCCACAUCUUCGCGUGCCAAUUUCUCCAAGUUCAUGCUUGAGAAACCGCGCUCGCCACCCGCUUCCACUCCCUCCAGUACCACAUCUACCUCGUUCCCCAACAGCCAUCCUCAGAAAUCUACCUCCACGACCAUUCCUCCCCGAGCUCCUUCACCACCAUGGGCGAGUAAGAGCCCAGUUCAUGGCCAACGCUUGCGCUUACCGCCACCCUACGUCUAUACACCUGUUUCUGACUCCCCCCGGAGUGCACACGCAUUGCGAUCUCCAUACUCCCCAACGGAAUGGCGCAUCCACCAGUUUGAAUCUCCUAUUAGUGAAGUGGGAAGCUCUUUCAACGUCCGACAUGUUGUGACGACCACAAUUACCUACAAGCGAGCGCCUCAGCUCGAUCCUGCCCCGCAGGGUAAGCGGAGAAAGAAUAUCAGUCGCCGGACGACAUAGCCUCCCAUCUAGUUAUCUAUGAGCAUUCAAACAAAGGCAUAACGACGUCUUCUACUUGAGUCACUUAUUACGACAUGCAUUAACUCUGGAUGGUGUUACAAUUCCGAUUUUUCUUUCUCUUUCUGGGCCUACAAAUCGGGGUUCAUUCGCUAUGUUGUAUUGUUACUGCGGACAUGCAUGAUGAGCCUUGGUAGCGGGACAACGGCGGCGUUCUGAAGUGGGAAGAACUGUACCUGUAUUGUUUGAUUUUGAUUGUCUGAUGUAGCAAAUCUGGGGCCAUGUUUUUUUUUAUGUUUUGUCUUUUAUACGCGAGCUAUCUAGAAACCUCAAUGACAUUACCAU